AUGAUCGACCUCGUGCACAGAAAUGACGUCCAGCUCCCCUACCAUCGUGCCAACCUCGACUGGGAGCUGCCACCGCCGAAGAAGUCGCCCUUCCCCAGCCCCGAGCUGCACAACGCCCACAAACUAGCGCCAUUCGCUCGUACGUUUCCGCGGCUGAUCCGCCGCGCCAUCGCCAGCUCCGCCCAUUGCCACCUGUCGCGCCUUUACUUUGUGCUGCUGUACGCGCAACGCGCCGUGAUGGUCGUCUACGACCGCAACACGCAGAUGUUGGCCCUGUUCGACUCGCACACCCAUCGCACUUACGACGGUCGCAGACAAAGACAAGUUGGCGGCGCGGUCGGCACUGCGCACAUCGACCAACUGGCCAGCUUCACGACGUGGAUCGGCCUGAUGAUCUUCCCGGAAAGCAGAAAGGGAUCGCAGUUGUACGAGAUCUCGUGCGUGCAGGUGCUGGGCCCACGGAGUCGUCAAGAUGCGCCGACAGUGGUGUACAAUGAUAUUGUGCGCAAACCGAUCUGGAGCCACAAUCGUGCGUCACAUCGCAUCUACCCAGGGGACCCGAUCUACGACCCGGAAGAGAGCGACAGCGGUUAUGAGAGCGCACCCGACGGC